AUGCAAUUCCUCAGCCAGCCACCAGUCCACGGCCACGAAGCCAUCAUCGCACAUUUCCGGCGCCAGUUCGCCCGGCUCGAGAGCAUGAAACAUACUAUACGGCACGUUGACGUCACGCACGAGCGCAUCUACCAGGAAGCCACGGUAGCAUACGUCGUCAAAGGGGAUCCAGAGCAGCGGCCAAUUGAAGCGCAAGGCCUUGCGGUGUUUAGAAAAGGAGUUGGGGAGAGCCAGAUUAGUUUCUUCACCGUCUAUUUGAAUUUGGAACCAUUGCGGGAGAGGAUGAGAGGGGUGUUAGGGCCGGUUUGA